AUGAGAAAAAUCUUGGUGUUGGCGUUGAUCGGACUUCUCUUGGUCGCCUCAAUUGAGGGAGCGAAAAAAGGCGGAAAAGCGGAAAAGGGAAAAAAGGGAGCUAAAGAAGAGAAAGGAGCUAAAGCCGAGAAAGCGAAGGAUCCAAAGGCGAAAGCGGAAAAGCAGAAAAAGGUUGAAGAGCCGAUUGCCGAAGUCGAAGAAGUCGAAGAGCCAGUACUUGAGGAAGCUGUUGAGGAACCGAUCAUUUUGUGCCCACACGCAGUUGGAGGUCAUCUUCCAAUCGAUGCCACUCACGCUAAACUCGUCAAGCCAAAAAGUCUCAAGGUGCUUGGUCAAUACGAACAAUGCAAAAUGGAAUGCAAAAAACAAAGAGAUCAAGUUACAGCACAACAGUAUGUUGAGCAAUUGAAGUCGGAAUUGGCAGCUGCCGAGCAAGCUCUCACCGAUCAAGCCGCUGCCCUCGCCGCCGCUUCAGCUGUUGAUUCAGCCCAUCAGGAACCAGCAGCCGCUCAUCACGAACCAGCCGCUCAUCACGAGCCAGCCGCUCCAGCCGCCGCUCAUGCCGCU